AUUAUAGAGAAUCUAUAUCUGAACAAGUGACAAUUUCCCAUUUCCCUCUGUUCAUUUAACCCCUUUUGUUACUCUUCUUUCUCUUCCUUCCAAAGGCAAGAAUUUCGACUACACUCUACCCAUACAAAAAAAUUAUUCCCUGCAAAUUCUGCAUAGCUUUACCCUUCCACAAUUUCUGUUCUUCCGUAUAAAAAUUUUAAAAAACUUUGUUGACCCAAUAUUCAUAAAAGGGUUUUUAAUAUUUAUCCUUUGUUUUUAAUAUUUAUCCUUUCUUAUCUAAGCUUAAAAUCAUGAAGGUUCAUCCAGUACCAAGAAAACGCAACAUCACGUUAAGGUACGACAUCGCUUCCAGUCUCUCUCAGGCCAACACCUUUGCAGGCCGUCAAAAGAAGCUGCGGAGACUACCUCAUAUAUUCGCAAAAGUUCUAGAACUUCCGUUUAAUUCUGAUGCCGAUGUUUCUAUUGAAGAAACCUCGGAUUCAUUGCGUUUCGUUAUCCCAACCGAUGACGCUGGGAAUAAUAUUAGGGCUCAUACAGUUGAGAUCUAUCCGGGUGUUACUAAGAUUGUAAUAUUAGGGGAUAACGUUUUUGAUUCGUCGUUGGGUGAAUUUGAGCUUGAUUUAUGGCGGUUUCGGCUUCCACCGUCGACUCUGCCGGAGUUGGCUACCGC